CGUUUAUAUGUCGCAAUCCGAAAAACGAAUGCGUCAGUUGGAACUCAACACUGCCGGAGAGAAGAUUACAAUGAUUCCUUCGAUCUCCCGAGUAGUACUUUUGCUUUGCAUCCUGGGCUGUGUUUCUGCCAGCCAGGAUGUUAAGAGUAAAAAUUGUCAGGCAAGAGGGGAAUAUUGCCAGAUAGACACGGAUUGCUGCUCGAGAAAGUGCUUGACCUACCAGAACAAGUGUGCCCCCUUUUCCAUGAACGAAAUCUACGAUGUGGUGAAAGAGCCAGUCAAACCCAUUAAGCCCAAUGAUCAGGUGCAAAUUGUUGGUCUACCGAAUGAGUCAGAACCAUCGAACGAUGUUUUUGUAGUCGACUCGAAGGCAGAUUUCGAAUCGGCUGCUGAAUGCCAGCCAGUCGGUGGACCGUGCGAUCGCGCUGAUGAAUGCUGCAAUUUGCGAUGUUUGACGUACAUGCACAGGUGUGUCACUUAAAAAGUUCCCAACAAGGAAAUGUGAGACAGCCAGCUAAUUACCAAAACUCAACAACAUUAAAGGCCGAACCUUAUCUUUAUAAAUUACUUUUUUAAAGUAAACAAAUAAAUUAAAUAUUGAAACCA